CAAGAAUCUUCCCAACUCCGCAACUUCGUCCUUAUCGACCACAGCAACAUAGAAGAUGCCUCCAGCUGGCGCACAGCCUCGGAAGCCGAACCCUCCAUCGGCCGCAAACAAGGAGGCAAACGAGUACAUCCCAUCAUUUAUAUCGAAGAAGCCUUUUUACAUCGGCGAGGACGAUGACCAAAACGAUUAUCUCGAACAUCAACGUCUACAGAAGGCACAAGCAGAGCAAUCAAAAUGGUACGAUCGAGGGAAGAAGGUUGGCCCUGCUGCGACGAAGUUUCGCAAAGGCGCAUGCGAAAAUUGUGGUGCAAUGACACACAAGACCAAAGAAUGUUUGAGCAGACCCAGAGCAAAAGGUGCGAAGUGGACCGGGCAGGAUAUCCAAGCGGACGAAAUAAUUCAAGAUGUGAAAAUGGGCUGGGAUGCGAAGAGAGAUAGGUGGAAUGGCUUCGACCCCAAGGAAUAUAAAGCUGUUACGGAUGAGUAUGCGGAGCUCGAGGCGUUGAAACAGGCGCAAGUAAAACAGGAUGAAGAGGACGAUGAGGGUGAAGAUGACGCGAAGUACGCCGAGGAGUCGGAUAUGGGACGACAUCAGAGCACAUCUACAAAACAACUGCGUAUUCGAGAGGAUACUGCAAAAUAUCUACUAAACCUGGACCUUGAUUCGGCAAAAUACGAUCCCAAGACGAGAUCAAUGGUUGAUAGUGGAGCCACUGCGGAUACCGCUGCAGCUUUGGUCGCUGAAGAGGGUUUCAUGAGAGCAUCAGGAGAUGCUGCGGAGUUUGAAAAGGCGCAAAAAUAUGCUUGGGAAUCACAGGAGAAGGCUGGCGAUACGAAGCUUCACCUCCAAGCGAAUCCUACGUCUGGAGAAUACUACCGACGGAAGGAGAAGGAAGAAGCAGAGGCUAAGCGACAAGCUCACAAGAAGAUGCUACUGGAAAAGUAUGGUGGAGAAGUCAGUUCGAAUGCCUCAACACUUCGCGCUGCUGCUGUGAUAGAGUCUGAGAAUUAUCUUGAGUACGAUGAUACGGGUGCUAUCAAGGGCGGCCCAAAAGCAUCAUCCAAGUCAAAGUACCCAGAAGACGUCCUCAUUAAUAACCACGCUUCUGUAUGGGGCAGCUGGUGGUCUAACUUUCGCUGGGGUUAUUCUUGCUGUCACUCUCUGAUCAAGAACAGCUUCUGCACUGGCGAAGAGGGCAAAAAGGCUUUUGAAGAGGCGGAUAUUCUCCGGACUGGUGGAGUUUUCAGAGACUCUGAACCUGGGCUGGAAACUGCCAAAGCGAUUGAGUGGCGAUCACAAGAAGUGCUCGAGACGCCGAUGGUUGAGUCUACGACCACAUUGCUGGCUAAGAAGCGCACAGCGGAGGAAAUGAGAGGUGGGGUCUCCGAAGAGGACAUGGACAACUACAGAAGGAAACGUACUGCGGCCAACGACCCGAUGGCUGAACUUCUGGGUAUGGAUGACGUGUUGCUGCAGUCGUAAACACUUCAUUAGCUGGCGUUGGGGAGAUUUGCAUCGGGACGGGAGUUAUUAUCCCGCAUUUGGAACUUGUAUGAAAUUGAAAAUGCAAUCAC